GCUUCUGCCUUGAACGUUUGCCACUACGGCCUUUUAGGCCCUUUUUGCUAUCCGUAGUUUAGGUCGACGCGCGCACUGCAGCCAGUUAUGGUGGGAAAUUUGUUUCUCCUAGGAGCCGGUGUGGUGUGUUGUUCUUCAAAACAUGGCUUUUAAUUGUCAGACAUCGACCCUUUCUAUGACUUUGCCGAUUUCCUGCCAGAUAUGUCUCGGAAAGGUAAGGCAACCAGUCAUUUGUGCCAACCACCACGUGUUCUGUUCAUCCUGCAUGGGAAUGUGGUUAAAGAAAGCUAGCCAGUGUCCCACCUGCAGAGUCCCCAUCACAGCAGAGAGCCCCUGCAGAGAAAUCAUCGGGGCUACCAAUGACAAUGAUCAUAGUGAUAGUCCUUCAAUGAGGAAAUGUCUUAGGAAAACCAGAGGAGAACGGCUUUUACAGGAGUAUGAGGAAGAAAUUGAAGAGCUCAUCAGAGAAAAUGAAGACCUGAAAAGAAAAAAUCUAAGUCUGGAGGCGCAAAUGAACAGUGCUUUGGACCAUAAGGUGCAAACUGGUGACAAAAACAUUGACCCCUAUCUUCUGGAAGAAUGGACAAACAAGCUGAGAACUGCCACCGAUGUUUGUGACAAAGUGAAGCAGGACAUGGAUAAACUAAAGGAGGCAAAUAAGACUUUACAAUCUCAAAACAUCAACCUCGUACAAGAGAAUAUGAGAUUGAAAGCAGAGGUGGCAAGUAGAUCUCCUCAGAAGUUCAGUCGUUAUACUGUGGCAGCACUGGAAGCUAAAAUCCAGCAAUAUGAGCGUAAUGUGGACCAAUUGAAGAGGGCACUGGAACAUAGUGACCAGUACAUUGAAGACCUGGAGUCUCGGCUCAGAAAGUGUGAGAAGAGGCAUCUUGAAGCACAGCAGGAAGCUUGUGGGAGUAGCAAGGCUGAAGCUCUCACACAGCAACAGAAAAUCAACAUGAUGCUGAGAAGCUUGAGUGACAGUGAGAGGCAGUUAAUCUGCAGCAAUCCAGAGGCAGAAUGCCAAACAUUUUCUAGAAAUUCCAGUUUGAUGUUUGUCCCAUCAGCAGAUAAAGAGUUGAACAAGAGUCUGACUGGAGAUCAGCAAAAUGCAGAUUUGGAAAGUACCUCCUCUGACUUUUUGCCCACCACUCCAUCCUCUGCCUUCAGGUCCCUGACUCUCAGAAGCCCUGGCAUCCGUGAAAAGAAAGUAGCAUUUAAAUCUGUGUCUCAUCUGAAGAGGCUUGAUUUCGAAGAAUUUCCUAGUCCUAGCAAGAUUAGCAGCACCAUGGAGAACCAAUUCAGCAGCCUUGAUGAAUUCCCCAAAGGCUUGCCUCCAGACACUGACAUGGAACCCUCAAAGUCUGACUUCUGGGGUGGUUGGCAGAGAUCUGACUCUAAUGACCAGUCACGUCCAGGUCCAAGUAAAGAAGGCUCAGUUAAAGGAUCCCUGUCCACUAUUGUUGUAGGUAAUGACCCUGAUACUAUCCAGAUCUCCAGCGAGGCCUCCAUGGAUGCAGCUUACCUGGAUAAAAUCUCAGAGUUGGAUUCCAUGAUGCUGGAUGGAGAGAGUUCCAGUAGCCAGGGAUCACAGCUCUCCCUGUCUUCCUCUCCUCCCAUCAACUCAGAUAACACCCUCAUCCCAGAACCACAAAACUGCCCUGAUGAUUUGUCAAGUGUUGGUGACAAACCUGUGAUACAGUGUGACCAGAAGACCCCCUCUCCAUGUGACAACGUGGAUGGCAUCUUGAAUGACAAAGAGGCUCCAAAAGGUUCUGCAGAGGAAGGUUUUGCUGCAUUAGUUUCAGGUGGGGAGAGCAGUGACCAUGUCCCUGGUUACGCCGGGUGUGGAGAGCCCUCUCAGACUGAAGAGCUGUCUUUUGAUUUGCUGUUUGAUUUGCUCGAUGAAAGUAAAGCCAGUCUUUCUGGCUCUCUCAGUCCAGCAAGCCAACACCAUGAUCUUGUAAACCCGUCCUCCUCCAGCUGCACCAGUAAACCUGUGAACACAACAGGAGAGAGAGGCGCACUAAACAUCAGCCAGCCAACAAAGAGAAAGUCUCACAGCCCCUUCACCACAAGCAGCCCCACAAAGCUUUCAAAGCUCAUGUGAAGGUUUUAAAAACUGAACCCGUGUCCUCACUGUGCCAUGCACUCACUUUGGCCAGGCUUCACAACCAUCCAUGACUAGAAGCUCCAUGUUGUUUCAUAAUAAAUUUGUGGAUGUGAAGCUUGGGUGUUGCAAAUUGUACACAGUUGCCAUUUUGUCUGAUAGUGUAUAAAUGGAGGCAAAAUAUGCGUCCUCAGGUAGUUUUUGUGUAGUCCACUUGUAGGUCUCAGGUGUAGCUGGUCUUUACAGUCUGUGUUGUAACUUGAGGAAAAAAACAAAACAACAAAAAAAAAAUUGCUGUUCUUUGUUACACAUAGCUUUUCUCUUUUAGUGCAGAGACAUUUUUCAGUCUACUUGUGUUUGCCAUUUCAGGUAUUCAGUAAACAUGGUCCUCAUGGUAACCUAUGAUGACACUCAGUCCUGAAGGCAAUGAGCAUGACUGACCUGAAAACUGAUCAUUUGAAUUAAAUAACUAAGUGUAAGAGUGUCAGGAAAUAAAAUGGUAAUGUAAUGCCAA